AUGAUACUGGACUACCUGCAGAGACUUUACAGAAACGACGCUGAGCUCUGGUUCAGGUGGGACCGGCAGUGGGUGGUGGUGAACGCCAAGGGCAGGGCCCUCAUGCAGCGGGUGGAGCCCAGGAUGGCGCUGGUGGAGGUGGAGUUGCCGCCGCCGGCCUUCGACGAGGACUGGCAGCCCGCCCCCGACUCCUGCUUGGUUAUAAGAGCACCCGGGAUGGACACAGUGAAGGUCCCUCUUGCUACGGAACACGCCACGCUUGACGACGUCUCCAUCUGGGAGUGGUCUGGUUCUGCUUAUGAUGAAGGAGCUGAAGCAGCUGAAUGGCUCUUCGCCUAUUUCGGGAAGCCAAGUCGGCUCGUGCGGUUUAAAGAAGAGUCCGAAAUCAGGCCGACUAAUCCUGAGUAUGCUCAAGGCUACAAGAUCACCUUCACGGAUUGCUUCCCGUUCCUGAUAUCAUCCCAGGGCUCACUGGAUGCACUAAAUGAGCUUCUUAAAGAACCUGUACCAAUCAAUCGCUUCAGACCAAAUAUUUUAGUGGAUGGAUGCCACCCGUACGCAGAGGAUCUGUGGAAAACCAUAAAGAUAAACAAGCUAACAUUUGAUGGUGUGAAGUUAUGCGACCGUUGCAAGUCAUUUUCUGAAAAGAAACAUGAUACUAACAGAUAG